AUGUCGGACUACAGCCCAGGCAGCAGCGUCUCCCUGCCUUCGGCCGGAGAGGCGUGUCAGCCCGACCACUGCGCGGAGAUCCUCGGCAGGCUGCAGUGGCAGCGCCGCGAGGGGAGAUUCACCGACAUGGUGGUGAGCGUGGGCGGGUGGGACUUCCACGCGCACCGGAACGUCCUGGCCGCCUGCAGCCCGUACUUCGACGCCCUGUACGACUCCAACAUGACGGAGAGUCAGACGAACCACAUCGCCCUGACCUGCACCACCCCCGCCGCCAUGGAGCAGGUCUUAGACUUCAUCUACACCGGACGGGCCGUCAUCAACGAGGGGAACGUGGAGGACGUCCUGCGGGGAGCCGACCACCUCAUGCUGGAGAGACUCCGAGCGCGCUGCGCCGACUUCCUCGGCAACCACAUCACUGCAGGCAACUGUCUCGGCGUCAGGUCCCUCGCCAGCGUCUACAACAUUCAAGACCUGCUGGACACGUCCAAACGCUUCAUCCAAAACAACUUUAACGACAUGGUGCAGGGAGAGGAGGUCCUCCAGCUUCCCUUCGGACAGCUCCGAGACCUGAUAGCAGACGACAGACUCAGAGUUCUCCGCGAGGAGACAGUUUUCGAACUUAUCGUCCGCUGGACCAGACACGAUAUACAACACCGGAGGCAUCUCUUCCCCAGACUCAUGUCUCAGAUCCGUCUGGCUGAGAUAGACAGGGAAUAUCUCCUGGAUCGCGUCGAAACCGAAGAACUGGUCGGACAGAGCCCCAAAUGCAAGGGUUAUCUCAUGGAGGUUUUCGAGAAUAGCAACUACCCGGACUGCCUGACGGUGUCCCCGCGGCUGAUACCGCGGCAAGGCAGGCUUAUCACGGCAGUGAUAGUACUGGGUGGGAAGUCUAAGAAGGGGAGGAUCAGUAGUACGUUAGCGUACGUUCUUGAGGAGCAGCGCUGGGCAAGCCUGGCACCCCUCCCCUGCAAGGUCUGCUCCCACUCCGUGACUGUUCUAGACGGGUGUCUGUACGUGGCGGGAGGGAAGCUGAGUCGCACCACCACCAGUAACCGCGCCGUGUACAUGUACGACCCUUUCAGCAACACGUGGCAGGGGAUGCCGGACAUGCAGACCCCGCGGGCGUACCCCGCGCUGGCCGCCUGCGACGGCCGCCUCUUCGCGAUGGGAGGCGAGAACGGAGGAGUCAUACACAACUCCGUCGAGUGCCUCGACCUCAGCAGCUCCUCCAAGAAGUGGGCGUUCGUGGCGCCCAUGCGGACCGGCCGGUGCCUCUUCGAGACCGCCACCGUCGACGACCGCUUCAUCUACGCCAUCAGCGGACUCAAGGAGGGCAACAUCGUCAGCAGCUCGGUGGAAAUGUACGACACGGUUUGCGACCGCUGGCGAAACGUUCCACCGGGAAUAUCCCGCUUCCACUACGUCCCCGUGGCCAGGGUGAUCAAGGGGAACAUCUACCUGUUCGUGGAGGGAUCGGACGUGGUGCGCUACAGUCCGCGGGAGGACACGUGGGAGGCCACCAACGAGCGCGUCCCGGUCAUGCACUUCAGCGGGCAGCGGGUGCUGUACGCCUGCUGCGUGGUCGGAGAGGAGACUUUCGUCUGCGGGGGGAGGGACCUGCACAACCAGGCCAAGGUGUUCUCCACCGCCUGCACGUACCGGCGGGGAGACCGCCGGUGGAGGCCCGUCUCGGCGCCGCCCAUCACCACAGUGGCUUCCGCGGCCUGCGUGCUGAGGGUACCGUACGAGUACCUGCAGUAAGCCACAUCAACCUUAUUGCCGUCUGUCAAUCAUAUCUGAACGUUUUAUAGCCAAACGUCGAGUCACAACAACAUGCCCUGAUGAUUUGAUCAUUUUCAUUGACUCAAAAUUCUGG